AUGGAGGGUCCCCCCCCCUGCAGGAGGCUCCUCCCCCGUGUAGAGGCCCCUCCCCCGUGUAGGAGACUCCUCCCCCCCACGGGAGGCUCCUCCCCCCUGGAUUCGCUGUGUUCGACCCUGCAGGAUCAGCUGCUGCAUCAUGAGGAAGGAAACACCAUGCAUCAGGAGGGGGGAAACCCCGUGCAUCAGGAGGGGGGAAACCCCGUGCAUCAGGAGGGGGGAAACCCUGUGCAUCAAGAGGGGGGGAAACCCCAUGCAUCAGGAGGAGAACAAACUCAAAAUUCUGAAUAAGGAGGCGGAAGAGCAAAGGAUCGCUCGCUCUGUGACGGAGGGGGAGAUCAGACAGAGGGUCCUCAGCCUCACAGGGAGAGCUUGUAGUUUCGGAGGUUUUGAUCUGAGCAGCCGCUCCCUGCAGGGGGUCGUCUCUGAAAACACCAACAAAGACGGAGAUGGAGUCCGAGGUCUCGUGAAGUCUCCCCCCACGUCUCGUAUUUCUCUGGGUAAAAAGGUGAAGUCAGUGAGAGAAACGAUGAGGAAACACAUCUCCAAGAGAUACCACGGCUCUCUGUCUGAACAGUCGAGCCCGGAGAGGCUGAGCCCCCCCGACACCUCCUCUCUGCAGACGGACUCUCUGGAGAAAGCGUCUCUGAAGCCGGGGGGGGUCUGUGGAGAGUCUGAGGAGCUCUCUGAGCGGACAGAGCUCCAUCAGCGGGCAGACGGUGGGCACCACGGACUCAUCAGGCACCACGGACUCAUCAGGCACCACGGACUCAUCAGGCACCACGUCGUCGGGCAGCUCCGGAGAGAGAGUGAGCUCCGGAGAGAGAGUGAGCUCCGGAGAGAGAGUGAGCUCCAGAGAGAGAGUGAGCUCCGGAGAGAGAGUGAGCUCCAGAGAGAGAGUGAGCUCCAGAGAGAGAGUGAGGUCUGAGGAGGAGGAGCUGCCCUACAGAGGACCUUUCUGUUGGGAGAGCAGUCGUUCACAACCGACUCACACCCAGUCCAUACGACUCUGACUCCCUCAAACUCAAGAGUGGGGAUGUGAUCGAGGUGAUCAAUAAGCCUCCGAUGGGAACAUGGAUGGGAAUGCUGAACGGGAAGGUCGGCACCUUUAAGUUUAUCUACGUAGACGUUCUGAACGAGGAGGUGAAGCCGAAGAAAACCCGACGGAGGAGGAGGCCUCGGCAGCCGAAACCCACGUCUGUGGAGGAGCUGCUGCAGC